AUGAGGAGUAAAUUAAUUUGUAUGUUGUUGAGUAGUGUAGUGAUAUUCACUGAAGCUAUAAUUGUACGCGACAAUGAAUUCGAGUACUCGAGUGGUGAAAGGCACUACUACGGGAACCAAGGACAACAACAGCGAAAGGUUCCACCACCGGAUGAGAGUCCUCGUGCGAACGGGCUAAAUUUCCACGAAGUGGAUGCAUUUGGCGAUGAUUUUGUAGACUUCGGUGCACAAACGGGACCGUUUGGUGCGUUCACGUGGCAUGCCAACUAUCCUGUCGAAGACCAACGGUAA